UCGAACAUGACAGAGUGCAUGACGCUGUAGCCUUCUGUCCCACUGAACACGUCCGAGCUCUUCAUAACGUUGUCCCCUUGUGUCUACCCUUUACGUUUUUAAGGACAUUCAGUGUCGUCUGGUGCGAAAGUGUCCGCAAUGCCUAAAGACAUCGACGGGAAGAGCAUGGAAAUCAUGGAGUCCAAGGUGCUGUGGUACCCAGACUCCAAGAAGAACACACAGAUGGAUCGGUUUAGGUCUCAGGUGAAUCGAGAUUUCGGACUUAAUCUGGCCAACUAUGACGACCUGUACCAGUGGUCCACCCAGAACUACUCCGAUUUCUGGGGAGAGGUCUGGAGAUUCUGUGGAGUGGUCAGCUCAAGGAAGUACGACGAGGUUGUCGACGUGUCGAAAACGAUAUCAGAAGUCCCAGAGUGGUUCAAAGGCAGUCGUCUGAAUUAUGCUGAGAACCUCCUCAAGCACAAGGACCAGGACAAAGUGGCUCUCUACGCCACUACGGAGGCGAGUGAAGAGAUCACCAAGGUGACGUAUGGGGAGCUGAGGCGUCAAGUGGCGCUGUUCGCCACCGCCAUGAGGAGGAUGGGCGUGCAGACGGGAGACCGGGUCGCGGGUUACCUGCCCAAUGGUGUCCAUGCAGUGGAGGCCAUGCUAGCAGCAGCCAGUAUAGGAGCCAUCUGGAGUUCCACGUCUGUAGACUUCGGAGUCAAUGGCGUCCUGGACCGCUUCUCUCAGAUCCAGCCCAAGCUCAUCUUCUCAGUGCCAGCCGUCAGGUACAACAGCAAAAUCCACGACCACAUGGACAAGCUGGUCAGCGUAGUCAAAGGGCUCCCAGAUCUGGAGAAGGUGGUGAUUAUUCCUUAUGUCCGCUCCAGACAAGACAUCGACCUAUCCAGAAUCCCAAAUAGUGUAUUUCUAGAGGACUUCUUGGCUACGGGUAUGGAGGGUGACCACCCCCCUCAGCUGGAGUUUGAGCAGCUGCCCUUCAACCACCCCAUGUUCAUCAUGUACUCCUCAGGGACCACAGGGGCACCCAAAUGCAUGGUGCACUCCGCAGGGGGGACCCUCAUUCAGCACUUGAAGGAGCACAUACUUCACGGCAACAUGACCAGCAGUGAUGUCAUCAUCUACUACACCACGACGGGCUGGAUGAUGUGGAACUGGCUGGUGUCGUCUCUGGCGGUGGGGGCCUCCGUGGUGUUGUACGACGGCUCACCUCUCGUGCCCACCCCCAACGUGCUCUGGGACCUGGUGGACGAGCUCGGGAUCACGAUAUUUGGGACGGGAGCAAAGUGGCUGUCCGUUCUAGAGGAACGCAACCUAAAACCAGCCAACACCCACAACCUGCAGUCUCUCCACACCAUCUUGUCCACUGGCUCCCCUCUGAAGCCCCAGAGCUAUGACUACGUCUACCGCAGCAUCAAGAGCAACGUGCUGCUCGGAUCCAUAUCAGGUGGCACUGACAUCAUCUCGUGCUUCAUGGGCCAGAACGUGGCGUUGCCCGUCCACCGCGGGGAGAUCCAGGCCAGGAACCUGGGCAUGGCCAUCGAGGCCUGGAGCCUGGAAGGGACGCCGGUGUGGGGGGAGAGUGGGGAGCUGGUCUGCCUGAAGCCCAUCCCCUGCCAGCCAACACACUUCUGGAACGACGAGGGCGGCAUCAAAUACCACAAAGCCUACUUCUCCUCUUAUCCCGGUGUUUGGGCUCACGGCGACUACUGCAAGAUCAAUCCAAAGACGGGCGGCAUAGUCAUGCUGGGAAGAAGUGACGGAACUUUAAAUCCCAACGGUGUCCGAUUUGGGAGCGCAGAGAUUUAUAACAUUGUGGAAGCCUUCGAGGAGGUGUCCGACAGCUUAUGCGUUCCCCAGUACAACAACGACGGCGAGGAGCGCGUCAUCCUGUUCCUCAAGAUGGCUCCCAACAGGCCCUUCAGCGAGGAGCUGGUGCAGAGGAUCCGUGUGGCCAUCAGGAGCGCGCUCACCGCACGCCACGUGCCCGCCCUGCUGCUCGAGACCAGCGACAUUCCGUACACCAUCAGCGGUAAGAAGGUGGAGGUGGCCGUGAAGCAGGUGAUCGCGGGGAAAGACGUGACCCAGCGCGGUGCCUUCUCCAACCCUGACUCUCUGGACCUCUUCAAGAACCUGCCGCAGCUGCAGAACUUCUAAAGACUCGACCCACCCAUGUCCACAUAGUACAUACAGUUCAUUACAUUACAUAUAGUAUAUGUGUCCUUGAAACGGGAACCAAGAGAUAUAAGGCGAAAAGAGAACCUCGCAAAAACUGACUAGUGAAGUUGCUGUUUUUGUUUUGUUUUUGUUUUUUAUUGUUAUUAUUAUUAAUUAAUGUUAUUACUAUGUUUAUUUUUUUUAACUUGCUGCAAAAAUACCUGUCCGCCUUGUUCAGGGGGGCAUGCUGGGAGUUUUGACGUUUUCAUGGUACAAUUUUAUUCCCAGAAGUCCCUUUCAUCUUCAUCCUCAUCUUCAUCUCUCUCUCUCUCCAGAGGCUGUGUAGCUAUCCUACAGGAUUAGUGGCCAAUAGCCCAUAAACUUUUACCCCAGGUGGAAUAUUAUGGUAUCAUUUAUCUGCCAAUACAGUGUACACACAGACACACAACACAAAACUCACCCACAUUGGUGGGGUAUCCCAUAUCAGCUAUACCGCUCUGUGCAACACACACACACACACACACACACACACACACACACACACACACACACACACACACACACACUCUCUCUCUCUCUCUCUCUCUCUAAAACACUAAACUCCCCUUUUAUUGAAGUCUAUUUUUAUCCCCCAAAGUUGAGUUUUCCUUUUCCUUCCACAGUUGCCUCUCUCAGACUCUGGUGAGUUUUAACGUGGUUUGGGAAGGGGGGAAUGGAAUGGAGGAUUGGGUUUCGGUUUUAGUGGGUUGGGGCUCCAUCUCAGGAGUGCGCGGCUGGGUUGUUACUGUCUCAGCUGGCAUGCAGAGUUUUCUACAGCCCUGUGAGGGACCCAUACAUUAAAGCCUCUGAUGGGCAACUAGACGCCUACUGCUGUACCUGGGAGAGUGUGGAGAGUUAUGCUUGCAUCAUAUAAAUGUUGAAAUACAGAACGAGGGCUUGGUCUGGGUUUCUCUCUCUGUAUCUUUCUCUCUCUCUCUCUCUCUCUCUCUCUCUCUCUCUCUCUCUCUCUCUCUCUCUCUCUCUCUCUCUCUCUCUCUCUCUCUCUCUCUUUUUCACCUGCUCUUACUCUUUCUCGCUCUGUUUCUCUAGUAUGCUCUCCCUAUCUCUUGCUCUCUCUCUCUACCUCUUUCCCUCUAUCUCUCUUUACCGGUCUCUGUCAACUUUUGUGUGUGCUGGCGUGCGUGGUUGUGCGGGUCCGCGUAUUCGUAUUCGUUUGAGCAGAGACAGUUCUCCUUACACUCAGGAGCUUCAAUACGAGAUUCCUCAUAGGAGAUCUUUGUUUUCAUCCCGUGUCAGUGUAACGAAGAAGAAAAAUGAAAAAUGUUGCAAUCAAACACACAGCGUAAUCAUGUUGAGUUCAAUUAAGAAGCCUAAAAUGUUUGGCGAUACACUUUAAGGUGUGCGUAGGACUGGUGCUGUGUGGGGAGGGGUUUUAUAUGUCGGAGGCUUUCCCAGUCCGCGUCCCGUCUCCAGUUUCCCUGUCUGGUGUCUCUUUGAGCAGCCUCUGCCAAAUCGUGAAGCGCUGUCUGAUUUUCUUCCUUCCUCUCAUAUAUAUAUUUUUUACACUAACACACAUUAGAUUUGAAACUUAAUGAGUUCCCUUGAGCUAUUUGUUUGGUUUUUCUCUUUUUCUUUUGUUCUGUAAAUAUAUUGUGGACCAGGCCCAAACCUCAUCUAUCUGCAGGGGAUAUGAAAAAAAAUAAAAAAAAAUAGAUAAUAGCUCACUGUUGGUUUCAUCAGAGGAGGGACCACUUUGUUUACAGACUUGAAGUGGACAUAUAAAAAAGGGACUUGAUGUUUUUUAUAUAAUAUAUUAUAUUAUAAUAUGCAGUCAGUGUACUUUUUAGUCGCCUCUUGCAGUGAAAAUCCAUCAGAAUGUGUUUGUAGGCCGUUGUCAUUCGGUUGGCCGUAACGCCUAACCUGCUAAACCAAGCGCAUUAUUUCCUGAUUAUAGUCAUCAAAGCAUGUUACUUGGUGCUCCAGUAUGCUAGACUUUAUGGCUUUCCUGCCAUGUAUUGCUGUUCUCGUCUCAUAGUGUACAGUUAUCCCAAAUGAUGACCCAAAUGAUGAAUUUCUUACCUAUAGUAUAUCAUCUCUCAGUGCACUAUAUAUGGGUCUGUGUUGCCUUCAUCUCCUCUACAUGAUGGCAAAGGCUUUCUACAGGCAGACUUCCAACAAUGGCACUACACUACAAUUGGCGCUAAGUUGGCUAAGUGGUGUUUUUGGUGAUUUACUUUUUUUUUGUUCUUUCCUUUUGUGAAAAUGUUAGGUCCAUAAUAUUUAUAGUCAUCAUUCAUCUCGUCUUUCUUCUCUUCUCCUCUCCAGCUCUUCCUCCUACCCUCUGACCAGUCCAGCCUUUGUGACCAUUGCACUAUAAUGCUAAUGCUAAAUGCAUGUUGACGCCACUGCUGGGUAUUCCCAGCGGUGUGUAAAAACGGUUUUAGUGUUUCUAUAUUUUGUAUAUACGUAACGUAUGUUCGUAUGUAUAUCCAGAGUGGACUGUUUUGUCGCUCCCCUGAAUGUUUGCUGCUGAUAUACUACGUAACCUGGAUGACUGGCAUACAUGUGACUUUACCUCCUCGUCCGGCUGGUGAAGGGAUCGAACUGACAGCUAGCUACUUAGCGAUACACAAUGGUUGAUUUUUGUUUGUUUGUUUAAUUUUGACGGUUAGCUUUUGACAGGUUUAUAGAAGUCCGUUCUGUUUUAUUUUUCUGGCAUUUCGUGAAGGGUUAAUUAUGUGAGAAGACUACUCUGAGAUGUAGUUGUAAGGACGUCGACUCGGCAGAUCUCUCGCUACAUCCCAAUCAUGACAUUCCUAUGAUGUCGUCGUCGAUCCUGUUUUUGUUUAUGUUCAUUUUUUUUAUUAUUAUUAUUAUGGUUAAAUAGCAGCUGAAGACGUGUAACACUGGUCCUUGAAUCUAAAAUUAAUUACUCAUUCAUGUGAAUGUCAAACUUACCUUGUAUGUUGAUGUAAAUUUAAAUGUUUCAAAAAUUAGUUUUAAACCAUUAAGCAAGUGUUCUGCUAGAUGGCUUCAAUUUUGUUUUGACAAUAUUGUUUUUUCAUUUUACUGUGAAAAAUGUGGUACUUGCCUAGAGAAUAAAUAUUUAUGAAUAUAGUGUCUUUCAGAGGACUGCAUAAAGUAAAUUAUAUGGACCCGAAGAUGCAUAUUCUAUUAAAACUAAAUAAAAAAAAUGUUGUAACAAUA